AUGCUGGUCGACUCAGGCAAAAUCAAUGAAUACUGGAAUCAGUCUUUCUCUCCCCGACCCUCUCUCUCUCUCUCUCUCUCUCUCUCUCUCUCUCUCUGGAUUCAUGACAACAGCUGCUGCUACUUCUCCAGCAGCAACAGAUAUACCGGAAUUGGAGGAUUCUUCAGGAUUCCUUUCCUACUCACUCACUCACUCACUCCACUCUGCUUUGCUUUCCGUGUUUUCUCUUCAUAUUUAUCUCAUAUUUCUAUUCAUAUCUAUCUCAAUCUGUUCAUUAUCUAUCUAUCUAUCUAUCUAUCUAUCUAUGUCAGUCUGUUCAUUAUCUAUCUAAGCUUGUUUUCUAUCUAUCUAUGUAAGUCCUCUGUUCAUUAUCUAUCUAUCUAUCUAUGUAAGUCUGUUCAUUAUCUAUCUAUCUAUCUAUCUAUCUAUGUAAGUCUGUUCAUUAUCUAUCUAUCUAUCUAUCUAUCUAUCUAUUUCAGUCUGUUCAUUAUCUAUCUAUCUAUCUAUUUCAGUCUGUUCAUUAUCUAUCUAUCUAUUUCAGUCUGUUCUAUCUAUCUAUCUAUCUAUGUAAGUCUGUUCAUUAUCUAUCUAUCUAUCUAUUCUUUUCUUUUUCCUUCUAAUUUUCUUUUUUUCUUUCCUAACUUUUUUCCUUUCUUUCUUUCUUUCUUUCUUUCUUUCUUUCCUUUCUUUCUUUCUUUCUUUCUUAUACACAAACCCUUUCUACAAAAAUAUCAAGGCAUUUAA